AUGUUGGAUUCCAUAGAUAUAAACCUCCGCGAUAAACCGGCGGCAGCCACCGCCACCAGCUGGUUUGAUGCAAUCAGCACAAACUUCCACGCCGCGGCAGCAAAAGAGCGUGGCUACGACCCUUUUUCUUUCAUCUCGUCACAGCGCCCCGAUGUGACGGAGCUCACGCCAUCCACGAUUCGCUACAACGAAGACAGCACCACCUCACCGCGGAACGUGUUUAGCGCCACCCAGUCACCCAUUGAGCCGGCGCGCGAGGACCUCCAGGCCCAGCUGACGGACGUGACUCCCAGUAAGCCGACCUCGCACGAGGAUACGCUGGCGAUCAACUCGACCCCAAACGCGGCAACCUUGCAGCGCUCCAGACACGUUGAUCUUUACGACGACGCCAUGCGGGCCAAGCUGGCAAAACGGCAGUGGGCGGCGGUGGAGCAGAUGCGACAGAUGAUCUUGGAGAAGGUCAAGGUGGAGCGGGAGUGCCCAUUUAAGCCGAAACUAUCACCGUAUGCGGUGAAGAUUCAACGCCCCGCCGAGCUGGCGCCGCAGAAUCGGGUGUACGAUGAGCUCAUGCGGAAGGAGGAAUGGCGGGCAAGGAAACGGCAGGAACAUAUUAGGCGAGAGCUGGAGGGGUGCACAUUUCGCCCACUAACGCUUCGAGCCGCCAAGUUGAAGUCCUCUGCUCACACGCAUGAUUCUCACGUUUUCAGUGAACUCUACAGUCACGAUGAGGAGCGGAAUCACUUUGUGCGGGAGGUGCAGCCCUACGUUGUGGAGCAGCUGGAGCGCCACAUGCUGUUUAAGAACCCGUCCAACAAGCCUCUGCCGGAGGACAAGAUCAACGCUGUGGUGGAGCGCCUCUUUUCUUGCAGUGUUGUAGUGAACCCAGAGGAAGGCACGCGGCGGCGAUCGCAGAGUCCAUCGCCUCCGUUUAAACCAACAGUGAGCGUCAACUCGGCGCGAAUUGUUGCGAAGCAGCGCGAGGGCGGAAACGUCAAAGAAAACGUGGUGGAGCGACUUCUGCAACCCACUGCCCAUUUAAAGCCCAGCGAACAACUGCGUCAGCAGACUGCGAGCAAACAGGGAGAGGAGGAGUUGGAGUUGAUGCGGUCGGAGUACGUCCGGAGGUUGCAGGGUUUGCUGCAGCGUGAGCGUCGGCGGUCGAUUAUUGCGGCCAAGUUUGAGCUGCUGUCAGGCGCCAUAAACAAAGAGCGGCAGAGCCGUGAGGGCUCGCAGCGGUGCGUGACGGAGCACUCUGCGCAGGAGCUUGUGAGGGCGGGUGCGGUGAUGCUCUCGUCCGCCGAGGCGCAAGAGCUUUGCAGCAUCCUCGCAGCCAGUGGCGCGGGCAGGCUGAAUAAGAACGGCUUUAUUGCCCUUUGCACGGCUGCCGUGGAGGGGCUCCCCAAUCCAGGUGUAAGUCCCCUCGGUCGCGCGCCUCCCCCGCGGGCACCGACAAUGGGGGGCGGCCUCACAGACGCUGACCGUGGAGUCCAGGACGGUGCACGAAGGACGACCUUUAGGCGUGAGAUUCCAUCACCGGAGGAGCUUGAAAAAAUGCGGGCCCGACGUGAGGAGCGAACGCAGCAAAUGACGGAGGAGGAAUAUCAAAAACGUCAGGCAAUGAUGGAGGAGGAACAGCGCCAGUGCACAUUCCGCCCACCUCCCCCACGGCGGAUACCAAAAGAGUGCCACGUAAAUCACACCGUGGAUGUGAAGACGACCAAAGCGGCCGCCCUGCGUCGAGCUUACAUUGAGAAAAGACUCGAAGGAGAAGAACACGCUGGAGGAACGGCUGCUGCGUUACCGCUGGCCUCUACAAAAGACCUCUUUGGUGCUGCUGCUGGUGCUGGUGGGGCUCAUACAAGGGCGAAACUCCCGCAAAGUGUAGCUGCUCACUCUCUCCUGGCAUCGUCCAAUCCUCGCACGAAGCCGUCUUUUGCGGGGCCAAUAGUGGAAGCAUCCCCCGCAGCUAAGGCACCCUAUAAGCGUUGUAGAGGGGGAAAAGCACACCGAAGCUACACCGGCCACGGUGAGGGUUUUUCGACGCGCAAAGAUCAUUCCUCCCGUAGCGUUCCUGCAGUCGCAUCUGAUCGCAGCUCGGACGACGCUGCUGCCGCCUAUCCCAGACCUCGAAAGAUGCGGACUCGCGAAUCUGUUGCAGUUGCAGAAGCGCCAUCUCCACGUGUGUAUCGCGAUGUCGUUUCUGAGCACGCAGCUUUUGGCCGCGAUGGAGCCCUCUCGGAGUUUGGUCGAGAGCUUAUUCUACGACAACUUCGAGAGUAUAGAGAUAGGCGGUAG